CAUCGUAAUAAGAUGGUUCUUUCGGGGAUGUCCAAAAAAUCCAGCAACAUUGGUACAAGAAGCAGUGGGAUUUAUGAAUCGCUGUCAGCCAACAUUAGGGAGGGGAGAAUGAAAUGGGUAUCGAGUUCCAACCUAACACGGUGGAACCCUCCUAUGGCAGGUUUUCUGAAGAUAAUUUUUUGUGGAGUUGUUUCGAGGGACAGUCAGACGUUUGGCAUUGGCAUG